UUAGAAACGAGCCGACCGUUAUGUUUUAGUUUUUUUGUUUUGGUUUAAAUGAAACGAAGUUUAACAAUGUUUAUUAACGAUUGUUUAAUAUCUUUUGCUGCUGUAACAUGCAUUAAACUUCUUUUUGUACCUUUGUACAAAUCAACAGAUUUUGAAGUGCAUCGCAAUUGGAUGGCUAUAACACAUCAAAAGCAUAUACAAGAGUGGUAUUUUGAGGAAACUUCUCAAUGGACCCUUGAUUAUCCUCCAUUGUUUGCUUGGUUUGAAUACCUCCUGUCAUUUCUUGCCAAAUAUUUUGAUCCCAAAAUGUUACAAGUGACUAAUUUAAACUAUGAGAGCAAACAAACUGUAUUCUUUAUGCGACUGUCUGUAAUAUUGUCUGAUCUUGUUUACUGCUAUGGGGUCAAUAGGAUUUUCAACUUAAUAAAAGAAAAGAAAGGCAAAGCUCAUGAUCCAUGGGUAUCUGCUGAGGCAACUCUUGCAAUGCUACUGCUUUGGAAUCCAGGUCUUUUAUUAGUAGAUCACAUUCAUUUCCAGUAUAAUGGUUUUCUAACUGGGUUCUUAUUUAUUUCCAUUGCUGACAUGUUUGAGAAAAAAUAUGUCAAAGCUGCCUUCUGGUUCUCUAUACUGAUAAAUUUAAAGCACAUAUAUUUAUACCUUGCUCCAGCCUAUUUCCUGUUUUUACUAAAAAAUUUUUGUUUCAAAACUAAUGUUAAAAGUCCUGGAGAAAAUACUUUCUUACUGUUCAAUUUUGUCAAACUUGCUAGUGUAGGAAUCUUGACUGUGUUAUUCUCCUUUGGACCUUUUAUAUACAUGGGACAACUUGGUCAAGUUCUUUCACGUUUAUUUCCCGUUAAACGAGGUUUGACACAUUCUUAUUGGGCACCAAAUGUUUGGGCAUUGUAUAACUUUUUGGAUCGAGCAUUAAGUUAUUUAGCACUUAGCUUGGGAUUUUCAUCCGAAGAUCUUAGAAGUUGUUCUACUAGAGGGUUAGUUCAAGAAUGUGAGCAUAUUAUCUUGCCAUCCAUUUCCACAAAAGUUACACUUAUUCUUGCUCUUAUGUCUUUAAUGCCUAUGUGUUGGUUGGUUUUAAAAAGAUCAGGAAAUUUUAAAGUAUUUCUGGAUAGCAUUAUUUUAUGUGCUUUUGGCAGUUUUCUUUUUGGGUAUCAUGUUCAUGAAAAAGCAAUUUUAUUGAUAAUUUUGCCGCUCACCAUAUCUGCAGUGAUUUACAAAGAAGAAGCCCAGCUUUAUGUGUAUCUAUCUAUAGUUGGACAUUUUUCUCUCUUUCCUCUACUUCAUCUAGAAGGAGAGACUCCAUUGAAAAUUUUACUGCUUCUGCUUCACGUAGUUUACAUGCUAUCAAGCCUAAGUAAACUUCAUGGAAUGAAGACUUCAAUAGUUAACACUGCAGAAAAAUGUCAUUUGUUUGGCUUGAUUGCUCUGCAAAUCUUUUACAGUUUUGGUGCAAAAUUCUUAGGUUUGGAAAAAAGAUUGCCAUUUUUGCCUCUGAUGUUAAUUUCUACAUAUUGUGCAGUAGGUGUUUUGUAUGCAUGGACUAAGUUUUGUUACAUAUCUUUGAAAAACUCAAGUAAUCAGUUUGUAAAAACAAAGACAAGAUAACUUUAUGGAGUCUUUAAAGAUCUGAAGAAAUAUAUUUAUGCUAGCAAGGUUUUGCUACUUAUACAUUAAAAUGAAUCAAUUAUAUUUUCCCCAUUCUUUCAUGGAAUUCAAAUGACAAAAUAAAUAUCUGGUUUAUUAAUUUUCCUGAUAAAUGGCACAAAGUAUUUUUGUACUUAAAAUAUAUAUUCUAGCCCUUAU